GUUCCUCUGGUAGUCCAAAAGCAGCCCUGAGCUGUUCUAGUGGCUCCCUGUAGGAGUUCCUAGCCUCACCCAACCCACAGUCCAGGAAACUGCUCAGAAUACUUUGCUGAGUGAGUUAGCAGCAGAGCCCACCUGUCCUGCCCUGAGAAGCCCAACAAUGGUUCUUAAAGGAGAAGGGGAGGACGUUCCCAGUGACCUGACUGCAGAAGAGCGGCAAGAACUGGAGAACAUCCGGCGGAGGAAGCAGGAGCUGCUGGCCGACAUUCAGAGGCUGAAGGACGAGAUAGCAGAAGUCGCUAAUGAAAUUGAAAGCCUGGGAUCCACAGAGGAAAGGAAAAACAUGCAGAGAAACAAACAGGUAGCCAUGGGCAGAAAGAAAUUCAACAUGGAUCCUAAAAAGGGGAUCCAGUUCUUAAUCGAGAAUGACCUGCUGAAGAACACUUGUGAAGAUAUUGCCCAGUUCUUAUACAAAGGGGAAGGGCUCAACAAAACCGCCAUUGGUGACUACCUUGGGGAGAGAGAUGAGUUCAGCAUCCAGGUCCUGCACGCAUUUGUGGAGCUGCAUGAGUUCACCGACCUGAACCUCGUCCAGGCCUUGAGGCAGUUCCUGUGGAGCUUCCGGCUGCCUGGAGAGGCCCAGAAGAUUGACCGAAUGAUGGAGGCCUUUGCUCAGCGAUACUGUCAGUGCAAUAAUGGGGUGUUCCAGUCGACAGACACGUGCUAUGUCCUCUCCUUUGCCAUCAUAAUGCUCAACACCAGCCUACACAACCCCAAUGUCAAGGACAAGCCUACGGUGGAAAGGUUCAUCGCCAUGAACCGAGGGAUCAACGACGGAGGGGACCUGCCCGAGGAGCUGCUCCGGAAUCUCUACGAGAGCAUAAAAAAUGAACCCUUUAAAAUCCCAGAAGAUGAUGGCAACGACCUCACGCACACUUUCUUCAAUCCGGACCGAGAAGGCUGGCUGCUGAAACUAGGUGGCAGGGUGAAGACCUGGAAGAGGCGCUGGUUCAUUCUGACUGACAACUGCCUUUACUACUUUGAGUACACCACGGAUAAAGAGCCCCGUGGGAUCAUCCCCUUAGAAAAUCUGAGUAUCCGAGAGGUGGAAGACUCCAAAAAGCCGAACUGCUUUGAGCUUUAUAUCCCUGACAACAAAGACCAGGUGAUUAAGGCCUGUAAGACAGAGGCUGAUGGGCGAGUGGUGGAAGGAAACCACACUGUGUACCGCAUCUCUGCCCCCACCCCUGAGGAGAAGGAGGAGUGGAUCAAGUGCAUCAAAGCUGCCAUCAGCAGAGACCCCUUCUACGAGAUGCUUGCAGCGCGGAAAAAGAAGGUCUCCUCCACAAAGAGACACUGAGGGCGUGCCAGGGCACAGCCAGCCCAUGAAGCUGUGGCCCUUUCUCCAGCCUCCCCUGGAGGGGUGCUGAGGAGAGCAGAGGGCUCUCCUGCCCGUUCCUGCCACUCCUAGAGACUCGCUUCAGCUUUUGCAGUUUUCUGAGUGGGAGAAGGGUGGACGGCGAGGGCUGGGGCUGGAGACUGCUGCUGCUCACGGGCUCUGGAGCCGCUCUCGGCAUGGGCACCGCUGCUCUCAGCCGAGCUGUGCUGCACUCAGGCCUCAGCUCAGCAGGGCCGGUGGCACCGCAGAGAGCUCUCUUUACCUCACAGUGUUCCUGGCCAAGGGCCAUCAGCUGUGCUCCACAAACGCCUGUGAGGAUGUACUCUUACGUCUAAGGAGAAGGGGGGAAAGGAAAGAAGCCACGCACUAUAAAGAUUUAUUUUUGUUUUUGUAAAGCAAAAGUGAACGUAGCACUGUCCCUACCCUGCUGUGCCCUGCUUGGGAAGCUUCCCCUUAGAAAGGGGUUCUGGGGCUGCGGGCACCUCAGGAGCUGCUGCCUCAUGACCUGUGUGGGCAAGAGGGGCAAAAGCCAGGCUGCUGGCAGGGCCCAGCAGACACAGGGAGGCCUCCAGGGCCCCAGCAGGGCAGCAGGCAGGCAGUGUGGGCAGCUCCCGCCCAGUGCCUAUGGGAUGGGGUGAAGGUGGACAGCUCCAUGCCUGGCCCUCGGCACCCAGGCCCACUGCGCUUUAAAGUGGAAAGUCCACGUUUUCCUAAUAACCAAAACUGUGAGGAGGUCACCCCAUGGUGCCAGGUGGCCGACUGUUUCAUAGCUGGUCUUUCUUUCUCCUCCCCAAGAACUCCACUCCUCGUUCUAGAGGAAGGAGUAGGUUUUACCUGAUCCCCUUGGGGCUUCAGCCUUUUCUGCCUCAAAAGUAUCCCCAACUGGACUGUUCUGGUGCACUCUGUGGUAGCCUCCAGGAGCAGGGCCUUGCUCAGCAGGGUGCAGUGCAGUCAAGCCAGGGUGAGGUGAGGUGGCCUUUGUGUCCCCUUGCCCUCUAUGGCAUGGCAUGCCACAGCACACGUGUGGGUUGGCCCUGGCCUCCUAACUCGGUGUGAAGGGAGCCAUGAAGCGCAGCUUCUCCUGCCGUUCUCUCAGGGACUCUCAAGGGCAGCUCCUGCUCCUUGGCCAGGGCCACUGUGCCAGUCCAGGCAGAGCAGGUGGCAGGUGGUGUCUUGGCACACUCCUCCAUGUGGCCAAGGCCUGGGUGGCAGAAUGGUGCCUCCAGGCAGGUGGAGGAGCCAUGGGCUCCCACUGGGCUGCGUGAGCUCAGCUCCUCCCAUCUCAGAAGGAGGUCAGCACCUCUGGAAAUAGCUUUGCAGAGAAGGGUGAGUGGGGGGCAGAACUCUGGCCUCCUUCCUGUGGAUCCAGCCUCAAGUGGCCUCAGGUGCUGGAGUGUGUGAAGGUGACAGUGAUGGAAGAGGGCCCAGGCUGCAACCCUGAGCCUCCUGGUAGAGAACCAGGCAGUGCUGGCCCAGGGUGUGGGGCGUCCCCUCCACACACCAGUUCUCACAGGUGUGUCCUGGGCAGACCAGCACCUGGCUCAGAAUCAGUCUAUUUAUCAGAGGUGUAAAUAAUCAUUACAUAGUUUUCACCUUUUAGAUUAUUUUGUAUUUGUUUAAAAAAAGAUUUGUCAAAAUACAAAGAAAUGACUGAAAGUUGUUGACAGGGUUUUUUAAAAAUAUUAUUAUUAUUCCAGUUGUUUUUUUGUUUGUUUUUGCCUUGUAAACUAGCUCCAAGGAACUGCAGCAAAUAAACUCCAAAUCUGCCCAAACCA